CCCUUAUAUGACUACACUAACUAGACUACUCUACUUGACAGCAGUAUCACUUAUUCUUCUUCAUUUAACAUCACAUUCCUCAUAUCUCAAUGAAGUGGAGACUAUUGGAGCUACCUACUGAAUGUCAGAGCUUUAUUACAAAUCAGAUUGCUUGCUUUUAUGCCUGGGUUUGCAGCAGGCGACUCGACGCUGAUCGUGGGCGCCGAAAUUCUAGAUUGCAACGAAGAGCUAGGGUUUCGGGAUUAAAGCUGUAAGAAUGUGAAUCGUGUGUUUGUAUUGACAUUGAGAAGGGGCAUUUAUACCCACAAUUGUACAGGUUCAUGUAGGACAAGGAAACUUACGUCAAUAUGAAUAAAGAUU